AUGGCCAGCAACUCCCAGCCGCAGCCCCCGCCGCCGCCGCCCCCGCCGCCGCCCCCGCAGCAGCAGCCGCCGCUGCCGGGGGCCGGGGCCGCCGGAGGGGGCGGCACGGCCGAGCCCGAGCUGGUCUCCAUGAUCGUCAACCACCUCAAGAGCCAGGGGCUCUUCGACCAGUUCCGCCGCGACUGCCUGGCCGACGUGGACACCAAGCCUGCCUAUCAGAAUUUGAGGCAACGUGUUGACAACUUUGUUUCCAAUCAUUUGGCAACUCAUACCUGGAGCCCUCAUCUCAACAAGAACCAGCUGAGAAAUAACAUUAGGCAGCAGGUUCUCAAGUCUGGAAUGUUGGAAUCUGGAAUUGACAGAAUUAUUUCUCAGGUUGUGGACCCAAAGAUCAACCACACAUUCAGACCUCAGGUGGAAAAAGCUGUCCAUGAAUUUUUAGCUACGUUGAAUCACAAAGAGGAGGCAGGCCCCAGUACAGCUUCAAGUGAGGAGAAAACAGAUGCUUCUAUUACAGUACAAGGUGUCUCUACUACUGCUCCUAGUGGCAAUGUAGCUAGUGAUGCGAUGUCCAUUUUGGAAACAAUAACAUCUCUUAACCAAGAAGCAAGUGCUGCCAGGGCUUCAACGGAGAACUCGAAUUCUAAGAGCAAUGACAAAGUUGCAAAAAGACUCUUCUCUCAGCAGAGUGUUGAUAGUAGCACUGAGAGAGAGCGAAAUGCAGAGGACUUGCCAGACAGAGAGAAAGCAAUCUAUGAUCUUUCUGGAGAAGGAACUGAAACAUUUGAAAAGUGUGAAGAUUUAAAUGAGCUUCCCUGUCAAAGUGAAGAAAUAAAAAAUGUAGUAAAGGAAACUAAUAAUUUAACUUCCACAAGUAAGGAAAUUCAACUGGAAAGUGAAGAUCAAAAGAGUAAAUUAAUAGAUAAAUGUGACAAGAAACCAGACAGCAGUGAGAAAGGGGAAAGAAGAAAAGAAAAGAAAGAAAAACUUGAGAAGAAGUCUGACCAUUCAAAGAAAAGCGAUGAUACUACAAGGCCAAAAGAAGAAAAGCAAGUGAGAGAGUCAGAACCACUGAAACAGUUAGUUCUAGAGAAAAAUAGCAAUAAACAUAAAACAACUGAAAGCACUAAAGAAGAACACACUUUGGUAGAUUCAGAUAUGGAUGUACUCAGUGACAUCACUGUCAGCUCUGUCCAUACCAGUGACCUUUCUUCCUUUGAGGAGGAGAGUGAAGAGGAAGCUGUAAUUUCUGACAGUACUGAAGAAGGGGAGAUCACAUCAGAUGAUGAAGAGGAGAAAAACAGUCAUAGUAAGACAAAGUCUCAGACUAGUGAGCUGAAUGAUGGGAAAGCCAAGCCUGUUCGUCAUGCUUAUGUUCGCAAGCCGUUUUUGUACUCCAAAUAUUUCAGUGACUCUGAUGAUGAGCGAACUGUAGAGCAACGCCGUCAAUCCAUUGCCAAAGAAAAAGAAGAGAGACUCCUAAGACGACAAAUUAACAGGGAGAGGCUUGAAGAAAAACGUAAACAGAAAGCUGCAGAAAAAACAAAGUCACUGAAAGCUGGAAGUCAAAAUGCUAAAGGAAAAAGUGGUUUGAACUUAGAAGAAUCUUCAGCAAGAAGUCUUGAAUCAAAAGCUACUGGUACCAGCAUUAAAGAUGUACUUAAAGAACAGAAAUUUUUAGAAAAGAAAGUGGCCUUGAGCAGGAAAAGAAAAAGAGAUUCAAGACAUGUUGAAGAUGGUUGGAAAAAGAAAUACGAGCCAUCUGAAGAUGACUCUAAAGAAGUGCAAAAGACAAAUGAAACUUGUGAAAAAAAUUCUUUAAAAGAACUGAAGCAUAAUCAUGGAAAAAGUGAAAUAUCUAAACCUCUUAGAAGACUUUCAGAAUCAGUGCAUUCAAAUGAAGAAAACAAAAGUGAUUCUAAAGUGGAGAAAGAACAUAAAAGAAAAAUGUCCACCACUCUUCAGGUUGAAGGAACCCAGCAGGACGGUGAAAUAAAGGAUUCAAAAAAACAACUGGAUAGAGCAGAUAUUAGUACUGAAGAACUACAGAAGCAGAAGUCUGUAUUUAAAAAUGAAAAACAUCCCAAAAAAGAUAGUGAUACAGAAAUCCAACAUGUCAGAAAUGCUGCCAAAAAAGAAGCCAAGUCCUACAGAGAUAAAAACGAAAAGGAGAGAACUGCUUCAGAAGAUAAACUUUCUUUAAAACACAAAUAUAAAGGAGACAGUAUUCAUAAAUCAAAUGAGGAUGUUGAACUCCAUUCUUCUGAGAGAGGCUUGAAAGGAGAGGAUGGUGCUCAGAAGCAUAAUCAGCAAAUAAAGGUUUCUUCAGAUGAUAAAUCUGAAAGAAAAAAUAAACAUAGAAGUGAACGGAAAGUAUCAGUAACUGGAAAAGAUGGAAAAAAUAUUUCUGAAUAUACUUUAAAAGCUGAAGAGUUACUGCGUAAAGAAAAUAAAAAAGACAGACAUCUCUCAACAGAAAAAUCAAGAGCAGAAUACAAAUCCAAAAGGUCACUGAGUGAUUCUAGGCCACAAAAGGAUUCCAUAAGUGCCUCAAAGCAACCUGCUUCUACAUCACACAAAAGGAGUGAAAGUUACUCAGAAGAUAAACAUGAAGCAGAGUUGCCUAACUCUGAUUCUAUUUUGAAACAAGAAGAUAAUGUUCACAAAGAUAGACGAAGAUGUAAGAGUGUUGUAGAAGACAAGCUUUUGUUAAAAUCUAAGUCAAAGAGUCAUAACAGACAAUCCAAAGCAACAGAAACAGAAUUACAGGAAAACUUAGCAAAACAAGAGACUAUUCAGAAACUGGACAAAGAUAAGAGUAUGGAAGAGAAUGACUCAGAAAAGCAACACAAAUCCAAAAAUGAAGAUAAAAAUUUUGAGGAAAGCGGUGUUGCGUUUGAGUUUGAAAGUGGAGUGCAGUCAGCUCAGGGAUCACAAAAAGACUUUAGUCACAGAGUUAAGUUACAUUCAGGAGAAAGAGGAUCUGUAAAAGAGAAAUACAGGAGCGAUAAAGAUUCAAACAACUCAAAACUAGAAAAAAAGUUCUCUGAAAGUCACAAAAGCAGAAGCUUAAAGCAUAGUAACAAGGAAAUAAAGAAGAAGGAAGAGAACAGCAAAUUGGAGGAUAAAGACAUUAAAGAAACAGAUAAUCAUGAAAAAGUAUUGGGCAUCGUAGUGACAAUGGAUAAGAAAUCAAGUAAGAAGAUACUGUGUGAAAGUAGAAAAGGCAGUGUAUCAAACCAAGAUAUGCAAGCAGGAGAGGAAAAGCAGUCAGCUGGCACAGCUGUAACCAGCCAUGCUCCAGCCCCUCAAAAGUCAAGUACAAAUAGUGGUGACUUGUAUUCCACCCAUGAGGGACAGCUGAUGGAACUUGAUUUGGAACAAGCAAAAACACAGGAAUUAUCUAAAAAUGAAGGAAAAAGUGUUCAAAACUCACUCCAAGCCACAGAUGCUGAAAAUGUAACUAAAGAAAAAAUCUCUCUCUCUGUUUCAAAUAAGGAGUUAAAAUGCAGCUUGGCAGAUCUUGAGGCUUGUGAAUCUCAGCUUCUGGUUGCAGCUGAAAAGAAUAUUAAACAAGAAAACAUCCCUAAUAAAGACAACGGUGCCUUAGACACUUUGUCCAAACAAACUUCCAUGGAUCAAGGAUCCAAUAAACAAGGGGCUUAUCAAAUGAGCAUUGUGUACAAAGCAAGUGGUAGAAUCUUACUGAAUGCUCCUAGUAAGGAUCAAGCUUCAGAAGAUAGCAAAAAACCAAAGAAUUUAAAAACUGUGAUAAAUCCUAAUGUAGAUAACAAUCCUUUAGCUAUUAAUUCUUCCAGACAAGAUGCUGCUGGUGUGAAGUGCGUGGAUACAGGUAUCUCAGAUUUUACAGAUUCCUUGGGUAGGAUGUUUAAAGAAGAAUACCAUAAUUCAGAUAGGACUUCCUUAAAUAAAGAUGCUUUCGUUUUGAAGAAUGAUGCAGCACAGGCUGUUUACAUGGAACAAGACAGUGCUGCAGUAAGUUCUUUUAUGAAAGGUGAUGGCAACAAUGCUGUGAUGGACAGCAUAGAAAAAGGUACUGAUGUACCUCUACUUGAUGAACAGUCAAUGGAAGAUAGAGCUGACUUAUGUAUUCAAGAAGAUCAUGACAAAACAAGUAAGUUAGUGAGCCCUCAAAGAAAUGAGUUUAAAAUAAAAGAUGAAAGCUUGACUGAUGUAACAAAAGAUGGUGGAGCUGCAACAGCAAAAGAACACAUCCUAAUAAACCUAAGAAGAAAGGAAAGAGAAUGCUUGAAUACAGGCCCUUCUACAAAGGGAGAAAGAAGCACAAUGAUGGAAAUCAUGAAAAAUAAUGAGGUGCAUCAUGCUGGUGAUACGAUACAGUCUUCCUCUGUGUUAGUGUCCGUAGGAGUUCCAGAAGAAGAAGUCAAAGAUUGCGUUAUAGCUAGUAGAGAAGAAAGGAAUGACAUGACUGAUGCAGAAGAUAAAAAUGAAAGCAAUGCAGUAGGUACCAGUGCAGGAAGUAGUAAACCUAGUUUGUUGCACAGCAGCCUUCGAACAACUACAGCCACUGUGAUAGGAACUAGCACAGAAACAAUUGAGAGCACUGUAAUAGCCACUAGCACAGGAGAAGGAAGAGCUGAGGAUGCAUCACGUCCUGAAAAGGAAAGUGAUGCUACAACCACUUGCUCAGAAGAAAGUGAAGUGACAGUAAUUUGCACAAGCAGAGAAGCCGAUGAAGGCUUCACAACAGGCAUCUGGGUAAAAAGUAGUGAGGGAGGCAGUUUCGUCACAGGAGCAGAUGUUGGUGAGUGUACUGUUGCAGCAGCUGAAGAAGGAGGUAGUGGUGUUGUCACUGCAGGAUUAGCAGAAAGUGAAAGUUUCCUAACUAGUACAAAAGAAGAAAAUGAUGAAUGCAGCAUGGUUGAUGCAGAAGAAAGUGGUAAGGAUUCAGUUAAUGCAAGUGGAGUAGAAAUUGAAGACAAUGUGAAUAGUGCUGGAGUAGAAGAAAAAGAUGAUGCUGUAACUAGUGCAGGCUCUGAAGAAAAGCGAAAAACAUCAACUUGUGGAGAUGCUGGCAAAUUUGAAAGUUCUGUAACCUGUUUAGGUGAAGUGGAGAGCGAUGGUGCCGUAACCAGUGCAGGAACAGAAACAGGUGAAGGAUCCACAAGUAGUGACAAUUCAGGUGAAUUUAGUAGCAGUGCAAUAAGAGCUGGCCAAGUGAAAGAACAUGAAGGUACUGUGACUUGCACAGGUGCAGAAGAAAGAAGUCAUAACUUUAUAAUCUGCUCAGUGACUGGCACAGAUGCCCAAGGAGAAAGCACUGUAACAGGUGCGUGUAUUGAGAUGGACACAAACAACAGUGCCACAAGUGGAACUAGUAGUGACAAGUGUGAGGAUACUAUAAAUGGUGAAAGUGCAGUGACUAGCACAGGCAUAACUCCAGAAGAUGAUGCUGAAAUUUCAGUAGUCUGCACAGGGCUAGAAGACAGCAAUGAAGGAUUUGCAGUUUGUUUGGAUGCUGAAAAAUGUGAAAGUCUAAUGGACAGUACAAGAGUAAAGGAAGAAGCCAGCAUCACUAUGAUCAGCAUAGGCCCGUGUGAUGAUGAGGGUUUUGUAACUAGUACAGGCUCAAAAGAGGAGGAUGAAGAAGAUGAGGGUAUUGUGACGAGUACUGGAAGAGGAAAUGAAGAAAUUGAGCAUGCUUCUACUUGUACAGGAAUGGAAAGCGAGAAUGCAGUAAUUUGUAUAGGUGCAGAAGAAGGUGAAAGUUCCAUUAUCUGCAUAGUUGCUGAACAAAUGGAAGCUGAAUCAGGAGUAGCUGGCACAAAUAUAAAUAAGCUUACUGUUGACAGCAUGACAGGUGUGGAGAAAGAAGAUAAUCAUGACACAAGCUGCAAAAAUACUAAAGGCAUUGUUGAAAGCAGUGUAACCAGUGCAAGUACUGCAGAGGAGGGUGCCCUGACAGCACAUGUUGGAGAGCAUGAGCAUACUCUGAUGCCAUUAGUUGCUGAGGAAUGUGAGGGUCCUAUGACUAGUGCUAUGACAGUGCAAGAUAAGAGUCAGUCUGGUACUGUAGAAGAGCAUGAGAAUGCUGUGAUGUCCUUCAGCAGGAGAGAGCUCGAUGGCUCUAUAAGUAGUGCUGUUCCAAAGAAGGAUGAGAAUUCUCUUAUUCCUACUGACAAGAAAGAAAAAAAUAAAGGUGAUAUUAUCUCUACCAGUACAGUGGAAGAAAGUGAUGCUCCCUUACAUUCAGCCAUGGAUGCUGAGGAAGGUCUGCUCACUGUUGCAAGAGCAAAUGAAGGUGGGGAAAGAUCUGUGGUCUUAAUAGAUACUGAAGACACAGAGGUGCCAAUGCCCAGUACAGCUACAGAAUUUAAAGAGACUGUGCCUGCUUUUAACAGUAAGCAAGAAAAAGAUGAGUGCACUAUGAUUUCCACAAGUAUUGUGGAGGAAUUUGAGACUCCUAUGUCAAGUGCUGCUGUUGAAUAUGAUGGCCAGCUCCCCUCUGUGAGAACAGAAGAAAUAAAUGAGAAUACUAUGGUUUCUAUAGAUACAGAAAUAUAUGAGGUUCCUAUGCCCAGUGCAUCCAGUGUGGGAGGAAAUGAUGAUGAAAGUCACCCAACUGCUAGUGGUAAAGAAGAAAAAGAUGAGUGUGCUAUGAUUUCCACAAGCAUUAUAGAAGAACAGGUAAUCCUCAUGUCUGGUGAAGUCACAGAAGAAGCACUUCAACAUGUCCCAGACACAGAGUCAAGAAAUGAAACAGUAAUGAUCUCUACAAGUACAGCAGAAUGCUUUGAAGCUCCAAUGUCUAGUGUAAGUGUGCAAGAUGAAAACAAACUCACUGCUUCAGAAACAGAAGGAAGAUAUGAAGCUGCUGUGAUCACUACAAGUAUGACAGAAGAAUGUGAGAUAGUCCUGAUUAGUGCAGCACCACAAGCUGAAAGUGAGCUAAUUGUAGCAGAAGGAGACGAAGAUGCCGUUAUCUCUCCAAAUGCAUUAGAGGAAUGUAAGGUUGUGGAGACCAGUGCAACUGUAGAUGAACAGUUUGAACUAGCAGCUUUCAAUGCAGAUGCAAAAAGCAAAGGUUCUGUGAUUUUUGUGGGAGAAUGCGGAGCUCCUGUGCUUAGGGUUGCCACCAACAGUGAAGGUGAACACACUACGUCAAGUGUAGAAGAUAAAGAGGAAGGGGCAGUGAUCACUCUGAGCACGAUGGAAGAAUGCGAUAGUCUCUUCACCUUUGCAGUCAUAGAAGAAAGUCAGCUUGCUGCUGAGAGUACAGAAGUAAAAGACAAAAGUGAGGAAAUUUUUAAUACUGCUAACCAGAUUGAAUGCAUCCUGUCAACUACAGGCCCAGAAAAAAGUAAUAAUUCUUUGCUUGUCAUUGGUAGAGAAAAUGAGACCUCUGAGAGUAUUAUGAGGGGAGAAUCAUUACCAUCUCAAACCACAGUGGACAGUGAAAUCACAGAAACGGAUGAAAACUCAGUGAACCUUCUGAGCGUAGAUGAAGCCCUCUGUGUGGAGAUUAGUACAGAGACUGCUGCGAGUGCAAGCCCUUCCACAGAGGCAAAUGAAGAUGAUGAGGAAGCUGAAGCUGAUGUUCCACAUGAGGAUGUUGCAUCAGAACUCUCUUCUGUGAUUUCAGAAGCAGCAAUGGAAAAUGAAACUCUGAGGAAUAUAAGCUAUAAAUUUAAUUCGAACUUGCUUUUAGAAAGUGACUUUCCUGAAAUAAGGACUCCACCGCCUAGCGCACAGGCACUUAGUGCCUUAGUUUCUGCAAAUGCAGUUACUGUAAAUGCCAACCAUGAUGAAGUGACUGUAGAAGCAGAAUUAGGGGAAAAAAGUGAUAUCCCUGUGUUGCAUGUAGAAGAGCUAUAUGACAGUGAUGACAAGAUGAACUUGGUCAAAAUAGAUGAUACUGGAGCUGAAGUUACUUUCCAAAAAAGUAACACAACUUUUAAUUCAGGCAAUAAUGCAGCAUUACCAAACUUGGCAGAAGAACUAGAAUUUGAAACCAACUUGGGAACUGAAGAGCUACAACAGCCUGAAAGUCCAAGAAGUGAAGAAGUGUAUGUGAAUCUUCAUACUAAAGAGUUUCAAAAAGACUUACAGCAGAGGAACAUUUCUCUAGAAAAAGAAACCAUACGCGUGGAAAACAUGGAUCACCAGAAAACUGAACAACAUAAAAGUAGAGAAAUGAAAUCUAAAUCUUCAGGAAUAGCGGAUAAAGAAAAAUGCAACCAAAUGAUUGCUCAGGAUGUUAGAAAAUAUGAUGAACAAAGUCAGUGUUCCAAAACAAAACCUAAUAAUAUCAAGGAAGCUAUUCUAGGUGAUACUGCAGAAGUGUCUGAAGGAAUUGAUGCAAAAUGUACAUCUCCUAAAAGUGAUGUGGAAGAAAAAGGUGAAUUCAUCAUCAAGCAGGAAGUGUCUGAAAAGGCAAAGCAGAAUCUAGAAUCAAAUGCAAGCUCUGUAGAGGAAAAUCAACCUAUAGUAGUGAAACGGAAAAGGGGAAGGCCUCGUAAAUAUCCCCUUGAAGCUGUACAGCCUGGUGGUGGGGAAUCAAAAGCUGAUACGAGCACUGGGAAUCAGCAGUCUCCUGCCUUUGUGGGUAAAGGAAAAUCUCCUCAAACAGGUAAAGAGUCAUCUAAUACAAAAGAAACAGCAAAUGAAGAUGAAGCCAGGAAGGCAGAGAAUGUUGUGCGUAAAAGGGGAAGAAAGCCUAGACGUUUUCUGGCUCAGUUAGAGGAAACUGAAACACUGGAGCCAGAAAGAAAGCGUCGGAAACUAACAUCUGCUGAACAAGAAAUAAAAGAGCAGGAGGAAGGUGAGGAAGAAGAUGGUGAGGAAGAUGAUGAGACGUGUUCUGGAGCCACAACUAGAUCAGCCACAAGAUUAGAGACUCAAAGAAAGCAGCCCAGCAAGCCAACCACGCGUGCAGCCUCUAAAGGCAGCAGUCCAAGUUCAGUUUCUCCUAGAAAACAACAGAAGUUAGCAGGAAAGAAAAGAUCUCCAAGUGAUACAAAAAUGAAUAAAUCUCCUCCAUUGACACAAUUAAAGGUGCAGUCUACCAAGCGUAAAAGGGAAGGCAGCCCAACACUGGUACGCAGAAAAGGCCAGCAGAAAACAGAGGAGACACCAAUAAAGAAAGCAAAACGAUAAUCUUUACCAGCAAGUACUAUCCGUGGAAAAGUUUAAAGAAAGAAACAUCUGUGCUUCUAUUUUUUUUAAAGCAAAGGGAUUUGCACGUGCUUGUUUCAGAGCUCUAAGUUAACAGAUGCAGUACCUUUAAGUUACAUUUUAAACAGCUUUAUAAACUAUUGUUUAUACAGAAUAUUAUGUACAUUUAUUUCGGAUGAAAAAUAAGUUUACUUUGUAUCUGAAUGAAAAACAAAGUAGUUAUAUAUUUUAUCACUGACUUGGAAGUUGGGGUUUCCCAAUGUGACUCUCUAACACAGAUGCUUCCAACCCAUGAGGUACCCCUGGGCCUACUAAUAUACUUUGUAUAUAAACUUGUAAAAAUAGGUUGUAUUUUACUCUGUGUAUGAAUCUAAUCAAUGAUGGACAUUUUAUUUAUUUUAUGGAAAGCAUUGGUCUGUAAACUUUAGUAUAUACCUUAGGUUUUUUUAAUUAUAUAUUUUACAUUCUAUGCAGACGUCAGUAGGAAACUUCCCUCUGCACCCCCAGGGCUAUCUAAAAACCUAAAGUUCUCUAAAAUAUGCUCAGACAGUUGGUAAAGUAUUUUUUCGCAUGCAUUAAAGUAGUUUAGCAUAGUGAAAGGAAUUUGGCUCCUUUCUGUUCACAUUUGUGACAAAGAAUAAAAUACAAAAUGUAAUCUUACUAGAUUAUAUUUUCAUUUGUGAAUUUACUACCAGCCUCAAGAAAUAAAUAGUAUUAGGUUAUGUUUACUUAACAGUCAGCCAACACUACUCUGAAAUGAAACAAACUGUUUUAUUUUGCAACUGAACACCUGUUUUUUCAGUAUUCACCUUUUUCAACAAAGAGGGAUCCGUUGAAGUCAAAUGUCACUUCUCCUAACUGUAGAGCUUCAGCAUUUUAUGUUACAUUUUAUACACAGGUAUUAAAAAAAAAAAAAAAAAAAUAGAACCUGGUAUUAUUGCCAGAAUCUUUUUUUAAUGUAUAUUAACUCUGGUAAGAACAAAUGUUCAAGUGAAGUUGUACAUAAAGUUAAACUUUUCUUAUGAUCAAAUGUGUCUCUUGUAAUGAUGUGAUGAGUUGCCAAACAAUCUGAGAUUAUUUUAAGUGUUUUGUUCAUAUUCUGGUUUAUAAUUAAAAAGGAUUCUGGGGGGGCUG